UAGCAGUGGCGGCCAGCCAGGGAUGGCAGAACCUGUCCCGAGCCUGCUGCUUCUGUGGACACAUGGCAUACCGAACAGUUUGAAGUUUUGUUGCACAACUUUACCACCUAAGAUCGGAACAGUGGGGAAAGUUGAUUUCCGCCCAUUUUGCGCUCUGAAACUGUGAUGGAAAAUGAAGCAGGUACCUGUUGAGUGUUCUCCGGAAGGAGAACCAUACAGAUUUUUGACUGGUGUAGAAUACAUUGUUGGAAGGAAAAACUGUGCCAUCCUAAUUGAAAAUGAUCAGUCAAUCAGUCGAAGUCAUGCAGUGUUAACGUCAAACUUUUCUGUAACAAAUUUGAGUCAAACAGAUGAAAUUCCUAUAUUAACAAUAAAGGAUAAUUCUAAGUAUGGAACCUUUGUUAAUGAGGAAAAAAUGCAGAAUGGCUUUUCCCACACCUUGAAGACAGGAGAUAGAGUUACCUUUGGGGUGUUUGAAAGUAAAUUCAGAGUAGAAUACGAGCCUUUGGUUGUGUGUUCUUCUUGUUUAGAUAUGUCUGGGAAAACUGCUUUGAAUCAAGCUAUAUUACAACUUGGAGGGCUUACUGCAAACAACUGGACAGAAGACUGUACUCACCUUGUCAUGAUGUCAGUUAAAGUUACCAUUAAAACGAUAUGUGCCCUCAUUUGUGGACGUCCAAUUGUAAAGCCAGAGUACUUUUCUGAAUUUCUCAGAGCUAUUGAGUCUAAGAAACAGCCUCCAGAAAUUGAAAGUUUUUACCCACCCAUUGAUGAACCAGCUAUUGGAAAUAAAAGCAUUGAUCUGUCAGGACGACAGGAAAGAAGACAAAUCUUCAAAGGGAAAACAUUCAUAUUUUUAAAUGCCAAACAGCAUAAGAAGCUAAGUUCAGCAGUUGUUUUAGGAGGUGGAGAAGCCAGGUUGAUAACAGAAGAAAAUGAAGAGGAGGAUGGUUUCUUUUCAGUUCCUGGAACUUGUGUUGUUGAUAUAGGAAUAACAAAUACACAGAUCUUAAUUCCCGACUCUCAGAGAGAAUGGAUUCAUUUGAUUAUGGAUGUGCUCCAAAGGCAGGGUCUUAGACCUAUUCCUGAAGCAGAAAUUGGAUUGGCAGUUAUUUUCAUGACUACAGAGAAUUACUGUGAUCCUCGAGGCAAACCUUGUACAGAAUUAAAGACUACAACGUCAGGACCAAGCCUCUCCCAAGGCUUGUCAGUCAGUGGAAAAAUAAUGCCAAGUGCUGCAAAGAAUACUACAUCAUAUGUGGCCGACACAGAAUCAGAGCAAGCAGAUACACAUGUGUCUUUGAGUGAAAGACCAAAAGAAACAAAGAUUUCUGGAAUGCAACAACACUUCAAAAUGCAUUCACAAGAAACAUCUAAUAUGAAGGAACCUCCCAAUCCAAACUCCAAAAAUAAUAAUAUAGUAUCAAAUACUCUGGUUAGGGAAAAAAUCCCAAACUAUCAGCUUUCACCAAGAAAAUAUGCAGCUGUAAAUAAAAAUAGAGAUUGUUUUUCUCAGCAGCAACAGAACUCCAUCAGAAACUACUUUCAGCCAUGUACCAAAAAAAGGGAAAGGGAGGAAGAAGAUCAAGAAAUGUCUUCAUGUAAAUCAUCAAGAAUGGAAAUGUCUUGUUCUCUUUUAGAACAAACCCAGCCUGCUGUACCCUCACUGUGGAGAAAUAAGGACUGUCCAUCUCAGGAGGAGCCUCUGGACAAAAAAGCACACCACUUACUUAUGGAUGAUACAGAUUUAAAAUCCAGUGUGGAAAAUUCUGCCAGUAAAGCUUUUUCUAUAGAAAGCCUAAAAUCAAAUAAAAGAAAAGAACUUCAUUUGGCCAUAGAAGAUGAAGUAUUGGGACAGUUACUCAAGAAUACAAAGCCAGAGCUAGCAGUCCAAGUGAAGGUUGAAAAACAAGAUGAAGGUGUCAAUGUCAGAAAAAAGCUAAGGGCGGAUAUAGAAAGAAGUAAUAAUUUUAAUGGUGAAACAGUGCCAGAAAAUGACAAAAUACCUCAAGAAGAUGAACUAGAGAAGAAAAAUGAGCUCAAGAAAGAAUCACUAUGGUCAACAAAAGAUGAACUAUCUAAUAGUGAUGAACUUCAGGACAGUAGUGAGGUGCUUCCAAGAAAGGUGUUGCAGACUGAAUUUAGAUCACUGGUGGUUAAUAACUCCCCUUCCAGAAAUCUGUGCAUGGUAAAUGAUUAUGGCCAACUGAAGAAUUUCAAGAGAUUCAAAAAGGUCACAUUUCCUGGAGCAGGAAAGCUUCCUCACAUCAUUGGUGGAUCCGAUCUAAUAGCUCAUCAUGCUCGAAAGAAUACCGAGUUGGAAGAGUGGUUGAGACAUGAACUGGAGGUACAGAAGCAACAUGCAAAAGAAGAGUCUCUUGCUGAUGAUCUCUUUAGAUAUAAUCCUAAUGUGAAAAGAAGAUAACCGAGAUCUCCGUAAGGAAGCGAUGAAAGCACAUUACUCACCAAACAUUUACUUCUGGCUGACUGACAUACGUGAAUAUACUACACAGAAAUUAUAAAUGCUUUAAGACCUCAAUUUAUUAAAUAAAACAAACAAAACUCCA